AUGAUCUGCAAUCUGGGAGGACACGACGGCGACGUCGUGCAGCUAUCAAGACGAAAAGCGUCAGAAGAUGCGCAAGAAGAAGCAAAACAGACGCGGCGGCGCCGUUGUCUAACGAUCAGACAAUCACAGCAUUCAGUCCUCCUCGCGUCGUCAGCACGCUGUGUUCGUAAAAACGGUCUCAUUUCGUUCUCAUAAUUUCGUUUUCCAGAGGUUCCCAUCAGGCGGCGCCGAUGGGAUCUCGUUGAGCAACAUAUCGAACGGCUCGGCUCCGCCACCAGCUUCAGCCAGGGGCAAUGGCAGUCGUUUUGGACCGGGAGCGCAGUCCGUUCAAAGGCGCAACUCUCUACGCUCGGCAGGAGCAUCCUCAGACACAAAAGACACGACGAAAAACAGUCAUGUCAAGCAGCGAAAAGCAGACUUUUGGGGAUCACGGUGA